UAUCUCCAUAAGCCUGGAAAUAGUAAAUAUGUACUUUGUAUUGGCUCAUACAUGCAGCCCGUGUGUGUGCGUUUGCAUGUGUGUGUGUGUCGGGGCAGAGCAGACCCCGCCCCUUUAUGCUAAUUAUUGCCUCCCAUUGGUGUGUCAGGGGAGCAGGCCGGCUCUGAUUGGCCAGGUCGAAGCCAUUUAUUCGCUGACAGCCCCGUCACAUGAAUGGUUGUCUAUUAACUUGUUCAAAAACUAUCUGGAGUUGUCAAGGCUCGGGCGGACAGAGGCGAAAAAGUGCAGUUUGUUGAUGCUUUUUCGGAGAAGCGACGGGAGAAGUUUUGUGGACACAACAUAGCGGGGACCUAUUGGGAGAAGGCUCUUUGUCACACACACACACGCUCUCCCUGACACGCACACACUCUGACACACACUCGCUGAGAGGGAGAGGGAAGAGAGGGUGUGUGGAGACGCGGCUUUGGUGCUUGUUGUUUUUUUUUUCUUUUUUUUUUCUUUUUUUUUUCCUUCCUUGUGGUCCAGAGAAAAAGUUGCAGAGGAAAAAUCGACAGGUAACUUCUGUGAGCAGCAGCAGCAGCAGCAGCAGCAGCAGCAGCAGCAGCCCUGCGCUCCUCACCGUCCUGCCUCUGGCUUGUGGAGUUUUGUCUCUGUGGUUGUUUUCUUUUUCUUUUUUUUUUUCUUCCUUCCUUCCUUCCCUCCGCUCGGGAGCUCCAACUAAAAAGCUGUUCCCGAUGUAUAACAUGAUGGAAACUGAACUGAAGCCCCCGGCUCCCCAGACCAACACGGGGGGCACGGGCAACACCAACUCGUCCGGCACCGGCGCCAAUCAGAAAAACAGCCCAGAGCGGGUCAAGAGACCUAUGAACGCGUUCAUGGUGUGGUCCCGGGGCCAGAGGAGGAAGAUGGCGCAAGAAAACCCCAAAAUGCACAACUCGGAGAUAAGCAAGAGACUGGGCGCGGAGUGGAAACUUCUGUCGGAGAGCGAGAAGAGACCUUUCAUCGACGAAGCCAAGAGGCUGAGGGCCCUGCACAUGAAGGAGCAUCCGGAUUACAAAUACCGGCCCCGGCGGAAAACCAAGACCCUCAUGAAGAAGGACAAGUACACCUUGCCUGGCGGGCUGCUGGCUCCGGGAGGAAACGGGAUGGGAGCUGGGGUCGGUGUCGGAGUGGGGGCCGGGCUGGGCGGUGGAGUGAACCAGCGGAUGGACAGCUAUGCGGCGCACAUGAACGGCUGGACCAACGGGGGCUACGGCAUGAUGCAGGACCAGCUGAGCUACCAGCACCCGGGGCUGAACGCGCACAACCCGAGCCAGAUGCAGUCCAUGCACCGCUACGACAUGAGCGCCCUGCAGUACAACACCAUGACCAGCUCCCAGAGCUACAUGAACGGCUCCCCGACAUACUCCAUGUCCUACUCCCAGCAGACCACGCCGGGGAUGACCGCGCUGGGCUCCAUGGGGCCCUCCUCGGUGGUGAAGUCCGAGUCCAGCAGCUCCAGCCCGCCCGUCGUCACCUCGUCGUCCCACAGAGCCGCCCCGGGCUGCCAAAGCGGAGACCUGAGGGACAUGAUCAGCAUGUACCUGCCCGGGGCGGAGGUCAGCGAGCAGAGCGCCCAGACCAGGCUACACAUGUCCGGGCACUACCAGAGCGCCGUGCCCGGGACGACGAUCAACGGCACGCUGCCGUUAACACACAUGUAAGAGACACAGAGCAGAGAGCGAGAACGAGAGAGCGAGAGAAAGAGAGAGAAAGAGAGAGAGAGAGAGAAAAGAACUUUUAUAAGAGAAACUGUGGACUAUUAACGUUGGACUAUUUUUGUACAGAAAAAUUUCGGGGUGGGAAAAAGUUGUAUAGAAGUCUCCAGGAAAAAAAAAGGAACACACGACUCUUUUUUUUUCUCCCCCCCUUUCUUUCAUUUUAUUCUAAGGAAGCUCUAGAGGAAACGGUAGGAGAUCCCCCUCUUCACUGGCGGAUGAAGUUUUUGGAAGACUAGAAAGUGGGAGUCGCAAUCAAAAAAAAAAAAAAAGUUUUAUUAUUGCAAUCACCUUUUGUACAGUAUUUAUCAAAGAAACAUUACAAUCAGAUGAAAUUGUUUGUUUAAACUGCAAGAGGUUGCAUAUUUUUUUUUCCUUUCUCUCUUUUUUUUUAUAUAUAAAUCAACGGCGGUUCUGCAGAAAAAUAUUAAAAAAGUGAAAACUGGCAGAACUGCGAUUUAUAUGCGGGAGCGAUCAGUUGUUGCUCCUCUAUUACUGCAAACAUUGGACAGAAAAAGGGACAGAAACGAAGCAGGUAACACUGUUUGUUUUGGUUUUUUUCAUUUAAGGUCAAUAUUACUAAACAUUUUCAUUUCUUUAAAAAAAAAACACAAAAAAAAGAUAAGACACUUUUUUUUCCUCACACACAGCUUAAAAUAUAGGUUGUUAAUUUAUAUUUCCGUCUCCCACUUUUCAUCUGUUAGAGGUAUAUGACGCUUGUGCUCUUUAUUUUCUAAUUGAUUUGUACAAUUUCUGUAUAUUUACUGUGAUAUUUUAAGUUUUUAUUUCGGAAAAAAAAAUUCAUUCCCGUAGUUGUAUUUUAAAAAUUGUGGCCUGUACGCAGAAGCCAACCCACUCCAUGUAUAUAUAUACCGGAACUAAUACCAUCCUUAUAACAGUUACAAUUUCAGCUGAGUAUAUUUUUUUUCAAUAUGCAGUUUGAAAUGAAUAAAUUUUGGAAAUUUGGAUACU